AUGAUCAUAGCGAAGGAGCUCGAAAUACAAAGAUUAAAGCCCAAAUAUGGAAACAAAUUGGACGGUUUCAAGGCUGAAGAAUAUUGGUUGAAUAAAAAAGGAUGUCCAAUUGGAACUGUUCCUAUACCUAAAAUGACAAAAGAGCAACUACAAAGUGCUACUAGACAUGUCCCUUCAAGAUUUGGUCAUGAAUACUUUGGAUAUAAUUGGAUUGAUGUGCAUCCAAGUUUGAAUGGUGAUACCCGAACUCAUAUGUAUACCAAGUGGACUGUGGAUGGUCAUCAAAAAACAGGAUGUUACAAUACUAAGUGUCCAGGAUUUAUUCAAUUAAGUCGAGUAAUACCAAUUGAUUAUGCUUUUCCAAGAACCUCAGAGAUACAAACAGAUUACAAAGAGGAAGUGCUUCUAAGGCUUUAUCAGACGAAAUAUUUUGAUUAUCAUCUUACAAUGCCGGUGAUGAACGAGGAGAUAGGAAUGUGGCCAUAUGAAGUAUUUGACAAAUUGAGUGCAAAUGCCGCGGAUUUAGUGCAAUUUGGAGGGAAAGUGUACACCCCAGGAGGCCAAGAUGUUAGCCCUGCAAUGGGAAAUGGUCAAUUUAAAGGAGGAUAUUGGCAGCUUACUUGUUAUAUGCGCAAAGUACUAUAUGAAAUAGAAGUCGAUGGACAGAAAAAACAAGUAGUGCCAGAUGAUUCUAAGAUUAGAUCUCAAGAUUCCAGGUGCUACUAUGAAGGCAAUCAUUAUAAUGCCAACGAUGGUUAUUGGGACUAUAACUUCUUAUUUGGGGGUAAAGGUGGUAAAGAUCAAUGGGAACCUUGUAUUUAUUAG